AUGGCGGCUGCUUCAUUGAGAUGGGUGCUUCAGUUACACAGAGAUGUCCCAAAAGCAGCAAAGCUCUACUCGGAAGGAUUGGGUUUCAAAAUCAAUGUUUGUACUCUUCGAUGGGCUGAACUUGAGCUUCAACCUGGCCCUCUCAAGCUUGCACUUUUGCAGUCUUCCCAAUCCUCUCUGACACCGAGUGACCAUGCUGUGCAGAAAGGUUACUCGUCACUGCUAUCCUUCACAGUAUCUGAUAUAAACAGUGCUGUCGCUAAACUCAUGGCUCAUGGCGCAGAGUUGGAUGGUCCAAUCAAAUACGAGAUUCAUGGAAAGGUUGCCGCAUUGAGGUGUUUAGACGGCCAUAUGUUAGGUCUUUAUGAACCAGCCUGA